CCCAAACACACUAGCCUGUCACAUUUCUCUGGUAAUGUUACAAAUGAAACAUACUGUUUGAAAAAUAUUGGGGGAAAAACACUCUAACACAUGCUAUAAGCUUAAACCCUGUCUUACAGCAACUCAAAGGGGACACAGCACCUCAAAUGCAGAAAUGCGCAAACAGAAAAGUCAGUUACAGUUUGAAAGUGCAUCUGUUGUGCAAGAAUGGAAAGCUUGACAGCCAUAGCAACAGUAACAAAGGGGGAGGGGAUUUAGCAAACAGUCAAGUCAAUUUCAUUUCAUGCAGAUAUUAUUUUCUUUGUUAGUUUUUUGUUAUGAGAGUUCUCAUGAAUAAGAAGGCUCAAUUUCUAACAGACUACCUGAUUAAAUAAAGAAUAAAUGUAAACCUACCAUAAUAACACUUUACCAUACCAUGCCAUGAGAUAGAGCUCUCUGCCUGGGAGAUAAGCAUCUUUGGCAGCAGGUUAGCAGUCAGUGAAUAGACACACACACGCAGACACACACACACACACACACACACUAGCUCCCACAUCAACAUCUCAAUUCAGCUUGAUUUGCGUUCCAGGGAUGAUACCACGCCGGGGCUCCCAGCACGACUCACCCCUGCUGCCCCUAGUUAUUACCCAGAGGGCUGAAGACUGACACAGCUACUGCAUGAACAGUCCGGGAAAACUGAAAUCCUGAAUUGUUCUGAAACGGCCUCAACCAAAUCCCGCACAGGCCUACAGGUCCCCGAAUUUACUGUUGCUUCACAGGUCAAAUGUGAUAUUUUAAUUUUAAAAAAAGGCUGCGAAUAACAAAGCCACAGCUGUGUAAAUUCCUCACCAGACACUGACACAGCAGACGUGAGAUUUAGACCUAAUUAGUAUUCCUUUAAGUAGGGCCUUGCUGCCUUCUUGUCAUUAAAAUGGAUUUAACAGAGACCCCUCUCAGAGGAUGCACCAGAGGUUGACAAAGUAAUUUCUGCAUGACAGUCAUCAUUGCUUUACGUCAACAUGAACAACAGUUCAAGUGUAGCCUUCAAUUACAGUUAAGGAGUAUUCAGUGUACUAAAAGUGUUAAAGUCUGGUUAUUUCGGCUCAUUACCACAUUAACUUGUUAUAAAUUGAGUUUUCCGUGUUCACAAGCAGCUGAACUGUCUCUGUGUUAAGGCUCGGGGUUAAUAUGGCAUAGUUGGAGAGCUCAGCGGUGGUGAAGCAGUGUGUAUUGUGUCGGGGGAGUGUUGUGUGUUUUUUCCCAGUGUGCUGCAAAGGGCCGCUCCGUGUCAGAGGUGAGCGCAGUGAAUGGAGGCCGUGGGACCCCCUCCACAGCUGGGAGGAGACUCCCCCCAUUGAGAGCACUGAGGCAGAAUGCUCUGGGCUCAACAAGAAGGGGGCUAAAGGCUUUGUCUCUGGUUCACUGCCUUCAAGUAGCCCCGGGAUUCCUGGCAACCAGGUUUGACUGCUGGAGCCGGCAUGCAGAGAGAAGAAAGCACAAAGGCGCUUGUAUUCCUCAGCUGAUGUGCAACAUCGUGGCAUGCUGUGGGAAACAAACGGGGAUGAGGAUGAGAGGGCUUGUGUGAUGUUAGGAAGGCGUAUUAUUGAUACCAGCAGUAACAACAAAUGGGAAUUGAGUUGUCUUUUUUUUUCUUUUUUUUAAUUGUGAUAUUACUUGUUUUGAUGGUUCAGCUCACAGUCAAGGUUAUUGUGCUUUGGUCCACCAGUGGUCUUAAAUCUCAAGGUUGUUGGGUUUUUUUUUUCUCAGUAGGAUUUAUUACAUUAGUAUUCUCCAGUAUGAGAACUCGCUUUUCUCAAUGUCAAAUUAUUCAGAGGGAACUGCAAAUAAAUGAGCUGUUAAUUUUUUGGCCAAGUUUUGAUGUAGAAGAAGUGGAAGUUUAAGUCCACUGAGAUGAUCCAAUUAUCCUGCAGGCCUAGGAUUAGCAUUAAUCUGCUCUGGUUAUUAGUCGGCACAUAGCCUCUUCUGACUUCUGCAUUAAGUUCCUUCCUUUUCCUGCCUUCCUCAUCCUUCCUCUAUAAGCACACACACACACACACACACACACACAAGCUCAGUGCCUUUGAUUUCUAUAUGUACUCCUCUAAAGAAAUAUGUGCUCAGCUUUUACAUUGUCUGGGUCAAAGUCAGGUUUGGUAUAGGCUAUAUACUGCAUUCAGUCCCUGGAGGCGGUGUAAUAUCGCUGCUGCUCCUGAUGGGCAGCGCCACAGUUAAGUCUGCAAACUAUGACAUGAAUUCGAAUGAGACAGCCACAGCCAGAGGCAGAUACACCAACGAUCCACAUGUUUAUCAGAAAAUGAAUCCUCAAAUACGGUCUUGCAUGUAUGUUAGAUGUCAGGGAAGGUGAGAGGGGACACUAAAGAUUUAUGACACUCCUAAUGACCUGCAACAAUGUAUGCUCUUGCUGGAAAGUAAAGUAUUCUAAGGAGGCUUUGAGCGUGUGUGUGUGUGUCUGCAGUGGAGAGGCAGGAGGAGAGGAGACCAUGGGAGCUUGUGAAAUGAGAAGAGCCCAAGGCUGAGAUCCUAUCAAAGCUCUCAACACAUCCAGGAAUCACAAACCAACAAAUUCCGUAUGAUUUGGUGAUUGAAAGCGGAACAGCAGCUCUGUGUAAACCCUGAUAAAGCCAGUGUGAUGACCCAGGAUGCAAUAUGCAUGCGGGCGCCUGCGGGGGACCUCCACUCUUAAUAAAGUCAAUGGCAAGGACCUCUCUAAGGCCACCCAUGACCAGGCGGUGGAGGCCUUCCGCACCGCCAAGGAGCCCAUCAUGGUACAAGUCCUGCGCCGGGACCCGCACCCCAAACUGGUCAGCCCCACCGCUGACACCCAGGUCUCGGAUAUCAGCACCCAGACCGACAUCACCCUUCAGCACAUCAUGGCCCUCACCAAGCUGCCUCCCCCUUCACCCCCCAUGACAGUGCUGGAGGAGUAUCUGCUGCCAGAGGAGCAUCCUCCUGGGCAUGCAUACUUUGACCCCAAUGAUUUCCUGGAGGGCAUACAGCAGGACAUAGAGCGUGAGGAGCUGGAAUAUGAGGAGGUGGAUUUGUACCGAGCCAACAUCCAAGACAAGCUUGGCCUGACGAUCUGUUACAGGACUGAUGAUGAGGAUGAAGCUGGGAUCUACAUUAGUGAGAUUGAUCCAAACAGCAUUGCUGCAAAAGAUGGCAGAAUUAGAGAAGGGGAUAAAAUCAUCCAGAUCAAUGGCAUUGAGAUCCAAAACCGGGAGGAUGCGGUAGCGCUGCUGACCAGUGAGGGGAACCAGAACAUCUCUCUGCUAGUGGCCAGACCAGAGAUCCAGCUGGACGAGGGUUGGAUGGAUGAUGACAGGAACGACUUCCUGGAUGACCUCCACAUGGACAUGCUGGAGCAGCAGCACCAUCAGGCCAUGCAGUUCACUGCCAGCAUGCUGCAGCAGAAGAAGCACGAGGAGGAUGGCGGCACUACAGACACAGCCACACUUUUGUCCAACCACCAUGAGAAGGACAGCGGGGUUGGUCGCACAGAUGAGAGCACGCGAAACGACGAGAGCUCGGAGCAGGAGAACCUCGCUGACGACCAGACCACGGCCUCCAACACGCUGGGCAGCUGCAGAAUGCUGACCUACAGCCAGGACACCCUCGGCAGCACCGACUUGCCCUUCAGCGGCGAGUCAUUCAUCUCUGCAGACUACGCUGACACCGACUUCCUGGGCAUCCCGGCUGAUGAGUGCGAGCGCUUCAGAGAGCUCCUGGAGCUGAAAUGCCAAAUGAGGAACAGUGGAGCGCAGGCUCUGUACUGCCAGAGCGGCGGGGCAGGAGGACAGGACCAGGAGGGUGUGGACAAGGAGCUGGAGCUGCUCAACGAGGAGCUGCGCACCAUCGAGCUGGAGUGCCUGAAUAUCGUCCGUGCUCACAAGAUGCAGCAGCUGAGGGAGCAGUGUCGUGAGUCCUGGAUGCUCCACAACAGCGGCUUCCGCAACUACAACACUAGCAUUGACGCACGCCGUCACGAGCUCUCAGACAUCACAGAGCUGCCGGAGAAAUCAGACAAAGACAGCUCCAGUGCCUACAACACUGGCGAGAGCUGCCGCAGCACCCCUCUCACUCUGGAGCUGUCUCCAGACAACUCACUCCGUCGAGGAGCAGAGAACCAGGCCGGAGCGUCUGGCUCCAGCAGCUCCAACGGCAGGAUGCUCAAACCUCUCCUGUCCCCUGUCCAGGAAGUUUGUGGCUCCAGCCGUAGCAGAGGUUCCUCCAAGGAUCCAGAUGCCCUGCAGGCAGAGAGCAAGGAGAGGAAGCUGGGAGAGUCCAGUAAGUCUGGGCGGAGCUUUUCCCAACCACACUCGCCUUACAAGCAUGCCCACAUCCCUGCCCACGCCCAGCACUACCAGAGCUACAUGCAGCUGAUCCAGCAGAAAUCCGCCGUGGAGUACGCCCAAAGCCAGAUGAGUCUAGUCAGCAUGUGCCGGGACCACAUCUCCUCCAAUGACCUGGAGCCCAAGAUGGAGUGGAAGGUGAAGAUCCGCAGCGACGGUACACGCUACAUCACCAAGCGGCCUGUUCGGGACAAACUGCUGAGGGAGCGAGCCCUGCGUAUUCACGAAGAGCGCAGCGGUAUGACCACAGACGAUGACGCCAUAAGCGAGCUGAAGAUGGGCCGCUACUGGAGCAAGGAGGAGAGGAAACAACACGCCGUCCGCGCCAAGGAGCAGAGGCAGCGCCGCGAGUUCAUGAAACAGAGCCGAGCCGAUUGUCUGAAGGAACAGGCCGGUCCAGAGGACAAAAAAGAGCCCAACAUCAUAGAACUCAGCCACAAAAAGAUGAUGAAAAAGAGGAAUAAGAAAAUAUUUGACAACUGGAUGACCAUCCAAGAACUGCUGACCCACGGUACCAAGUCACCAGACGGCACAAGGGUUUACAACUCACUCCUGUCUGUGACCACAGUCUAAGUCCUGCUCUGAGUUCAGGUGGCAGGCCAGCCAGAGGACAGACUGAGUGUAAUGGACUGUACAUAGGACACUACCAGUUGGGGUAGAGAUUCCUGCCUCGUUCAAUGUGGCAACAUUUUGUAAAUAGGAAAUAAGGAAAGCCUUUCCUGGACGAACAUUUUCCUCUGCUGUGGUGAAGAGAAGGUCCUUUAAAUGAUGGUUGGACUUGACAUGAAUCGGACAUGGCUGUGAGGAUGAUUUUUGGAAAAGUUUUUCAAAUUCUUUCAAUAACCUUUUCUACCUUUGUGCUUGCUCUUUUGAAUAAUUUUGGAAACAAAAACACAAUAUCUGACUUUUUGGAAGGUUUUGAAAGUGUGUAAAGACCGUGUGCCAUACAUAAACAACCAGCAUUAACACUAUUUUACAUUAUUUUGUUCGUACUAUAUAUCUCUUAUCAGUAUUUUACGGUUUUGCAUACUCGAUGCUUUUAUGGAAACAAAAUAUUGCUAUUUUCCUGCGAGGUAGAACACGUAAUCCUUUCCAAAAGGACUUUUGUAAAUUAAAAAAAUAAAAUUUUUGUAACAAAUCCACUUCUUUAGUUUUAAUUUCUCUCCUAAUGGUGCUGAUUUCCCAAAGUUAAUACCACCAGCGACAUACCAUCUGUUCCAUAUUGUAGAGAUCGUCAUAAUGUGAGAUCAUUGUGUAUGUACGUAUGUUUAGAGAAAGAUGUUUCUCACAUUGUUGAAAUUGAAAUGUCAGUGUUUGUUGAAGCACACAUUGUAGUCGCUUUUGCUUUCUUAGGGCUUCAUGUAUUGAACAGAAUAACAGCGUAACAAAUCCUUAGUUAGCCACACAAUUUGAUGUCUUGUAAAAUGAGAGAAAUAAUAAAUUAUUGUUUUAUAUAUGAUGA